AAUAAAUAUGGUGAAUGUUUUAUACACACAUAAAGGAUUCCUUGAACCCAAGGUUUGGUUACCUCAUCUACAAAAAACAAAAGGUUUGGUUACCUCACGUUAAAUAUCUCAUUCCCUCCUCCUACAAAAGUAUACUCAAAGUUCGUAUAGUCUUCCUCUCUUCUUCUCCAAACCCUUUCUUUCUCUUCCCUUAUCUUCUUCAUUCCCAAAACAAUUCGCAAUCUUUUGGAAAAAUGAGUUCAACUCUUCUUCCAGAUCUUGGAACUGAGAUUCUGAUUCCAGUAUGUGCUGUUGUUGGUAUUGUUUUCUCUCUUAUUCAAUGGUAUUUGGUUUCUCAGGUUAAACUUUCUCCCGAUUCUGGUCGCAAUAAUAACAACAAAAAUGGGUAUUCUGAGAAUUUGAUUGAAGAAGAAGAAGGAUUAAAUGACCAUAGUGUUGUCACUAAAUGUGCUGAAAUUCAAAAUGCUAUUUCUGAAGGAGCAACCUCCUUCCUUUUCACGGAGUAUCAAUAUGUGGGUAUCUUCAUGGUUGCUUUUGCUGUGUUGAUAUUCCUUUUCCUUGGAUCUGUGGAGGGCUUCAGCACAAGUAGUCAAGAGUGCACCUAUGACAAAACCAAGACCUGCAAGCCUGCUCUUGCCACUGCUGUCUUCAGCACAGUAUCCUUUUUGCUUGGUGCUAUCACUUCUUUGGCUUCUGGUUUCCUCGGAAUGAAGAUUGCAACAUACGCAAAUGCUAGAACAACUCUAGAGGCUAGAAAGGGUGUCGGCAAAGCUUUCAUUGUAGCUUUCAGGUCUGGAGCUGUCAUGGGCUUCCUUCUUGCUGCAAAUGGUCUUUUGGUUCUUUACAUUGCUAUCCUCCUCUUCAAGAUCUACUAUGGCGAGGACUGGGAAGGUCUUUUUGAGGCUAUUACUGGCUAUGGUCUUGGAGGAUCUUCUAUGGCUCUUUUCGGAAGAGUUGGUGGUGGUAUUUACACGAAAGCUGCAGAUGUUGGAGCUGAUCUUGUCGGUAAAGUUGAAAGAAACAUCCCUGAGGAUGACCCCAGGAAUCCAGCUGUCAUUGCUGAUAAUGUCGGUGACAAUGUUGGUGAUAUUGCUGGUAUGGGAUCGGAUCUCUUUGGAUCGUAUGCUGAGUCAUCUUGUGCUGCUCUAGUUGUGGCAUCCAUUUCUUCAUUUGGAAUCAAUCAUGAAUUUACAGCAAUGUUGUUCCCUCUGUUAGUUAGCUCUGUUGGUAUUCUUGUUUGCUUGAUCACAACCUUAUUUGCUACUGAUUUCUUUGAGAUCAAGGCUGUUAAGGAGAUUGAGCCCUCACUGAAGAAGCAACUAGUCAUCUCCACUGCUCUUAUGACUGUUGGAGUCGCAAUUGUUGCGUGGGUUGCUCUUCCUUCUUCCUUCACCAUUUUUGACUUUGGAACUCAGAAGGAUGUGAAGAACUGGCAAUUGUUCUUAUGUGUUGCUGUUGGCUUGUGGGCGGGGCUUAUCAUUGGAUUUGUGACUGAAUACUACACUAGUAAUGCAUACAGUCCUGUGCAAGAUGUUGCUGACUCUUGCCGAACUGGAGCUGCCACAAAUGUUAUUUUUGGCCUGGCCUUGGGCUACAAGUCAGUUAUUAUUCCUAUUUUUGCUAUUGCAAUAAGCAUAUUUGUCAGUUUUAGCUUUGCGGCUAUGUAUGGUAUUGCCAUGGCUGCUCUUGGUAUGCUCAGCACCAUUGCUACUGGAUUGGCUAUUGAUGCAUAUGGCCCCAUUAGUGAUAAUGCUGGAGGUAUUGCUGAGAUGGCUGGUAUGAGCCACAGAAUCCGUGAGAGAACUGAUGCCCUUGAUGCUGCUGGAAACACAACUGCUGCUAUUGGAAAGGGAUUCGCCAUUGGUUCUGCUGCUCUUGUCUCUCUUGCCCUCUUUGGUGCUUUUGUGAGCCGUGCAGCUAUCUCAACUGUUGAUGUCUUGACUCCCAAAGUCUUCAUUGGUCUUCUUGUAGGAGCCAUGCUUCCGUACUGGUUCUCUGCCAUGACAAUGAAGAGUGUGGGAAGUGCAGCUUUGAAAAUGGUUGAAGAGGUUCGCAGGCAAUUCAACACCAUCCCUGGCUUGAUGGAAGGUACUGCCAAGCCUGACUAUGCAACCUGUGUCAAGAUCUCCACCGAUGCUUCCAUCAAGGAGAUGAUCCCACCAGGUGCUCUUGUCAUGCUCACACCAUUGAUCGUUGGAACCUUGUUUGGUGUCGAAACUCUUUCUGGUAUUCUUGCUGGUUCUCUUGUGUCUGGUGUACAGAUCGCUAUCUCUGCAUCUAACACCGGUGGUGCUUGGGACAAUGCUAAGAAAUAUAUUGAGGCUGGUGUUUCAGAGCAUGCAAGGCAGCUCGGACCCAAGGGAUCUGAUGCACACAAGGCAGCUGUGAUCGGUGACACCGUUGGUGACCCUCUUAAGGACACAUCUGGACCAUCACUCAACAUCUUGAUCAAGCUUAUGGCUGUCGAGUCUCUAGUGUUUGCCCCCUUCUUUGCUACCCACGGUGGGUUGCUAUUCAAGAUCUUUUAAAAUUGACGUAUACGGUCAAUAGAGGGAGGAUUUCACAGUAUUUUCUCCUUAUUUUGUCGUCUACAACUCAGGUAGUUUUAAGUUUGUCGCACAAUUUUUGGACGUCCUUAGAGUACAAGGCUUAAGGGGCUUGCACUUGAAAGACUCCCAACCUUCUUACAUAUAGAGGGGUGGGAGAACAAUGAUGAUGAUGAUGAUAAACUUGAGUCAGCCUUGUAAAAUAGAGUGAUAUUCUCAAACAUUAUUCUUUUUAUCUCUCAUUGCAUGUAAGAAAGGAAUCAGUAGCAGUAAUCAUUUUGCAGACCUCUCCAGGUUUAACUCAUUUUCGAUAAGAAAUUGUAUGCAUUUUGUCAUCUUUCUCUUCA